AUGGGCUGGUGCGAGGUUUCUCGGGGAGCCGGCUCGGACAUCGCCAGCGGCCGCCCGGGUGACUUCGGCUGGUAUGUCCUGACCAGCGCCGACCCAGAGGCGAAGCAGAAGAAGCUCAAUGCGGAGUUGGCGAAUGGCCGCUUGGCGAUGAUGGCCAUCAUUGGCAUGUUCUACCAAGAUGGCCUCACAGGCUCCGCCUGGGGUGACUGGGCGAACUUCACCGACUCCCCUCUGCGCGCGGCCGACUUCUCCACAGAGCUCGGCGUGACGCCACCUCUCGGAUUUUGGGAUCCGCUUGGCUUGAGCAAGUUUGACGAUCCCGAGAUCGACGCACAGCAGUUCCGCCGAAGGCGGAUUGUCGAGCUGCAGCACGGACGCGUCGCCAUGCUGGCUUGCAUUGGAUACAUCGUCCCUGAAUAUUUUCGCUUCCCAGGAUUCUGUGCCCCAUCGCAGAGCUUGGCCUUCACAGACAUCCCCAACGGACUGAAGGGGGCAGCGGCAGUGCCUUUGGCAGGCUGGCUGCAAAUCGUCACCUUCGUGGGCAUCAUCGAGGUCUACAACUUGCAGACCAUUCAGAACGAUGUGCUGGGUGACUACGGCUAUGGAGCAUUUGGCCUGCCCUUCGGCAAGAAGAUUGAGGAUGCUGAGAAGAAGACCAAGAGCCUGAACGCGGAGAUCAACAACGGCAGGCUGGCGAUGAUGGCGAUCAUCGGGAUGUUUUUCCAGGAUGGCCUCACCGGCUCCGCCUGGGGCGACUGGGCCAAUUAUGCCGACUCUCCUCUGCGCGCGGCCGACUUCUCCACAGAGCUCGGCGUGACGCCACCUCUCGGAUUUUGGGAUCCGCUUGGCUUGAGCAAGUUUGACGAUCCCGAGAUCGCCGCACAGCAGUUCCGCCGAAGGCGGAUUGUCGAGCUGCAGCACGGACGCGUCGCCAUGCUGGCUUGCAUUGGAUACAUCGUCCCUGAAUAUUUUCGCUUCCCAGGAUUCUGUGCCCCAUCGCAGAGCUUGGCCUUCACAGACAUCCCCAACGGACUGAAGGGGGCAGCGGCAGUGCCUUUGGCAGGCUGGCUGCAAAUCGUCACCUUCGUGGGCAUCAUCGAGGUCUACAACUUGCAGACCAUUCAGAACGAUGUGCUGGGUGACUACGGCUAUGGAGCAUUUGGCCUGCCCUUCGGCAAGAAGAUUGAGGAUGCUGAGAAGAAGACCAAGAGCCUGAACGCGGAGAUCAACAACGGCAGGCUGGCGAUGAUGGCGAUCAUCGGGAUGUUUUUCCAGGAUGGCCUCACCGGCUCCGCCUGGGGCGACUGGGCCAAUUAUGCCGACUCUCCUCUGCGCGCGGCCGACUUCUCCACAGAGCUCGGCGUGACGCCACCUCUCGGAUUUUGGGAUCCGCUUGGCUUGAGCAAGUUUGACGAUCCCGAGAUCGCCGCACAGCAGUUCCGCCGAAGGCGGAUUGUCGAGCUGCAGCACGGACGCGUCGCCAUGCUGGCUUGCAUUGGAUACAUCGUCCCUGAAUAUUUUCGCUUCCCAGGAUUCUGUGCCCCAUCGCAGAGCUUGGCCUUCACAGACAUCCCCAACGGACUGAAGGGGGCAGCGGCAGUGCCUUUGGCAGGCUGGCUGCAAAUCGUCACCUUCGUGGGCAUCAUCGAGGUCUACAACUUGCAGACCAUUCAGAACGAUGUGCUGGGUGACUACGGCUAUGGAGCAUUUGGCCUGCCCUUCGGCAAGAAGAUUGAGGAUGCUGAGAAGAAGACCAAGAGCCUGAACGCGGAGAUCAACAACGGCAGGCUGGCGAUGAUGGCGAUCAUCGGGAUGUUUUUCCAGGAUGGCCUCACCGGCUCCGCCUGGGGCGACUGGGCCAAUUAUGCCGACUCUCCUCUGCGCGCGGCCGACUUCUCCACAGAGCUCGGCGUGACGCCACCUCUCGGAUUUUGGGAUCCGCUUGGCUUGAGCAAGUUUGACGAUCCCGAGAUCGCCGCACAGCAGUUCCGCCGAAGGCGGAUUGUCGAGCUGCAGCACGGACGCGUCGCCAUGCUGGCUUGCAUUGGAUACAUCGUCCCUGAAUAUUUUCGCUUCCCAGGAUUCUGUGCCCCAUCGCAGAGCUUGGCCUUCACAGACAUCCCCAACGGACUGAAGGGGGCAGCGGCAGUGCCUUUGGCAGGCUGGCUGCAAAUCGUCACCUUCGUGGGCAUCAUCGAGGUCUACAACUUGCAGACCAUUCAGAACGAUGUGCUGGGUGACUACGGCUAUGGAGCAUUUGGCCUGCCCUUCGGCAAGAAGAUUGAGGAUGCUGAGAAGAAGACCAAGAGCCUGAACGCGGAGAUCAACAACGGCAGGCUGGCGAUGAUGGCGAUCAUCGGGAUGUUUUUCCAGGAUGGCCUCACCGGCUCCGCCUGGGGCGACUGGGCCAAUUAUGCCGACUCUCCUCUGCGUGCCUCCAGGUGA